AUGAAGCAGCAGGUCUUGGGUCCCUCAAAAGCUCCACAUGGGACCUUUCAUAGAAAAGGGGAAAUGGCAAUCUGGCCCUUCUCUGUGCUGUGGAAAGUCUCUGAUCCAACUCUCUUCCAAAUGACCUUGGUCGCUGCUCUGUUGGCUACUGUUCUUGGCAACUGUGGUCCUCCACCCAGACUACCAUUUGCUACUCCAAUAAAUGAGAUGAAUAUGACAGACUUCAAAACUGGACAUAUUCUGAGAUACACUUGCCGCCCAGGCUACAGUAGGGUCAGUUCAAAUCAGAUACUCACCUGUAAACAUACUGGCCUAUGGGGUUAUACUAACUUCUGUAUCAAGAAACGAUGCAGAUCCCCAGGAGAUUUACCUAAUGGGAAAGUGGAAGUUAAGACAGAUCUCUUUUUUGGAUCACAAAUAGAAUUCAGCUGUUCAGAAGGAUAUAUCUUAAUUGGCUCAACCACUAGUCAUUGUGACAUCCAAGACAGAGGAGUUGACUGGAGUAAUCCUCUCCCAGCAUGUGUAAUUGCCAAGUGUGUGCCCCCUCCAAAAAUCAGCAAUGGGAAGCACAGUGGUGGAGAUGAAGACAUCUACACAUACGGUUCAUCUGUCACCUACAGCUGUGACCCCCUCUUCUCACUCUUGGGCAAUGCCUCUAUUUCCUGCACAGUGGAAAAUAAAACAGCAGGGGUUUGGAGCUCAAGUCCUCCUACCUGUGAAAAAAUCAACUGUCCUCGACCACAUGUUCCACAUGGAAACAUUGUCUCUGGAUUCGGAUCCACCUAUGUUUAUCAAGACUCUAUUUUGUUUAACUGCCAGAAAGGUUUUCGGCUCAAUGGAAGCAAUUUAAUUCACUGUGGAGCUGAUAACAAAUGGAAUCCUUCUCCUCCUAUUUGUGAACCCAGUAGUUGUACUGACUUACCAGACAUUCCACAUGCUUCCUGGGACAGAUAUCUUAGCCCACCAAAAGAGGAAGUGCAUGUUGUUGGAACUGUGUUAAAGUACCACUGUCAUCUUGGCUACAAACCUGCAACAAAUGAGCCUACAACUGUGACUUGUCAGGAAAAUUUGAGAUGGACCUCAUACAAAGGGUGUAAGGAGAUAUGUUGCCCAAUACCAAAGCUACAGAUUAGUGAAAUCACUCAACAUAAAAGAAGUCAUCCUGCCAAUGACUGUGUCUAUUUCUAUGGAGACCAGGUUUCAUAUUCAUGCUAUGAGGACCAUAAGUUAUUAGCUACAUGCAGAGCAGAUGGCACAUGGAAUCCCCAAACACCAUCAUGUGAUGACAGAUGCAAUUUUCCUCCUAGAAUUGUGCAUGGACAUUACAAACGAAAUAAAUUUUAUGCCUUCUUCAAAGAGGUUACAUAUGAAUGUGAUGAAGGAUACACUCUGGUGGGAGAGGCAACAAUCUCCUGCAGUUCUUCAAUGUGGUCGUCUCCAGUCCCUCAAUGCAAAGCUCUGUGUGUGAAACCUGAAAUAGCAAAUGGAAGGCUAUCUGUGGAUAAAGAUCAUUAUGUUGAAUCUGAAAAUGUCACUAUCCAAUGUGACUCUGGCUAUGGUGUGGUUGGUACCCAAAGUAUCACUUGCUCUGAAAACAGAAUCUGGUACCCAGAGGUGCCCACGUGUGAGUGGGAGGUCCCUGAAGGCUGUGAGCAAGUACUUGCAGGCAGAAGACUCAUGCAGUGUCUCCUUAACCCAGAGGAUGUGAAAAUGGCUCUGGAGUUGUAUAAGCUGUCUCUGGAAAUUGACCUACUGGAAUUACAGAGAGAAAAGGAAAGAUAUCCCGCUCCAGUGAAAUAA